GGCGGGAAGGCAAGAUGGCCGAGGCGUCGUGCUAAGUACGCUCUUGCUGCCGAGUCACCUCUCCCCAGCCUCGCCUUAGCGGCCUCGAGCCUCAUCGCCCGAGCCAGCCUCCCUACCCCCCCAGUCCCCCGCAGUGGUCACCGACGUCAGGCCGCCGGACAGCGGCGGGCAGGGCAGCACCGAGCACCGCAGCACCGGGCACCGCAGCACAGCGCCGGGCACCGCAGCACCGGGCACCGCAGCACCGGGCACCGCAGCACAGCGCCGGGCACCGCAGCACCGGGCACCACAGGGCGAAGAUGCCGAACAUCAAGAUCUUCAGCGGCAGCUCCCACCAGGACUUGUCCCAGAAGAUCACCGACCGUCUGGGCCUGGAACUGGGCAAGGUGGUGACGAAGAAAUUCAGCAACCAGGAGACGUGUGUGGAAAUUGGUGAAAGUGUCCGAGGAGAGGAUGUCUACAUUGUGCAGAGCGGCUGUGGCGAAAUCAACGACAAUCUGAUGGAGCUUCUCAUCAUGAUCAAUGCCUGCAAGAUUGCCUCAGCAAGCCGAGUCACUGCUGUUAUCCCUUGUUUCCCUUAUGCCCGGCAGGACAAAAAGGACAAAGUAGGAGCAGACUCCAAUGUGAGCCGAGCCCCGAUCUCAGCCAAGCUUGUGGCAAAUAUGCUGUCUGUAGCAGGAGCAGAUCAUAUAAUCACCAUGGACCUUCAUGCCUCUCAGAUUCAGGGGUUUUUUGAUAUCCCAGUGGAUAAUUUAUAUGCUGAGCCAGCUGUCCUGAAGUGGAUAAAGGAGAACAUUGCCGACUGGAAGACCUGCUGUAUCGUAUCCCCCGAUGCUGGUGGAGCUAAAAGAGUGACUUCAAUUGCAGACCGACUGAAUGUUGACUUUGCUCUGAUUCACAAAGAGCGGAAGAAGGCCAAUGAAGUGGACAGAAUGGUGUUAGUGGGAGAUGUCAAGGACCGAGUAGCCAUUCUAGUGGAUGACAUGGCUGAUACUUGUGGUACUAUCUGUCAUGCAGCAGAUAAACUCCUGUCAGCUGGAGCCACCAAAGUCUAUGCCAUUCUUACUCAUGGGAUUUUUUCUGGUCCAGCCAUUUCUCGAAUUAACCAUGCCUGCUUUGAGGCGGUUGUUGUCACAAACACAAUACCUCAGGAAGACAAGAUGAAGCAUUGCCCCAAAAUACAGGUGAUUGAUAUCUCUAUGAUCCUGGCCGAGGCCAUCCGGAGGACUCACAAUGGCGAGUCGGUCUCCUACCUGUUCAGUCAUGUUCCUUUAUAAUUGCUGCUGCUUCUCAUGUUGGAGGCUUCUCUUUGCUAAGCCAGUCAUUAUUUGGUAUAUUACAAAAGUUCAGUAGAAAUCCCUGCUUGUUCAUGCUGCUCCCCACAUUUUUUGCUCACAUCCAAUUCCCUGAGACUCCGCUUUCUUUUGUUAGUCUAAGUGAGCUUUCACUCUUAACUCUGUGUGGAGAGUGGGGCUAUGCAUCUACCAUAGAAGUCCAGGUGGGAGGGUGAGGGCCGGGAGGGGAGGGAGACAGGGGGAGGGGACAGGGCAGAUGCACCACUAUGCAUGCAAACUUCAGCAGUUCUGGUUGGUUGGUUGGUUGGUUGGUUUGUCUAAAAAUAAAAAUCUGCAAAGCCUAAAAACUAAACUCUGCUAGUGUCAGGACAUAGCAAGAGCCCCAGACUACCCCAGCCAUGGCAUUCCUGGCUACCAAGUUAGCAUUUCUUAAGCACCUGCUAUAUGUUGGGCACUGCACUGGGAUCGUGAAGAUAAGACAGUCCCUACCCUCAAGGAGCUCACAAGACUCACAGCACGUGGACAACACUGAGACAGAAGAGCACUGAGAGAGGGUUUGGGGAGGACAAUGGGUUACCUGGUGUCAGGGCAAGAUGCAGACUUGUAGUCAGGUAGGAAAGGAUGACAGCCUGCACUGGAAGGUUAGGGGGUUGUUUGGGGCCAGCAGGCUUUUGGCCAGGAGAGACUUAUCUAUGCAGGAGUGAAGAGUGAAAUCUGGGGUAUUGGGGUAGUAGGGAGGAGAGUUUUCUUCUUGUAGUUGGCAUUCCUUGGAAUCAGUGACUGGGGCCACUUCCAUCCUUGUGGCUUUGCCUUUGGCCAGAUCUCCUGCUUCCAAAUCACCAAUGCAUACAGCUGGAGAAAAUACUGGCUUUUGGUUAUGUUCAGAACCAUUUCUCUCCAGAAAUUCCUUAUUCAAAUCCAUGAGGCUCUAAUUCUGAGCGGGGGUGCAUUUUUAAUCUUUCCUUUAAUUAAAAGUAGUUGACCCUUGUUCAUUGGUAUAUUUUGAUAUUUCUUCACCUCUUCAUGUCCCCAAAUCUUUUUUUGUUUGUUUUGGUUUUGGUUUUGGUGAGGCAAUGAGGGUUAAGUGACUUGCCCAGGGUCACACAGCUAGUAAGUGUUAAGUAUCUGAGGCCGGAUUUGAACUCAGGUCUUCCUGAAUCCAGGGCCGGUGCUCUAUCCACUGCAUGACCUAGCUGCCCCCAUGUCCCCAAAUCUAAACGAAUUUUAGGAGGGAAAAACUUAGGCCUCAAGUAGAAUAUGAGAAGAUGAGUGCUCUUUCCUCUGGAGUUAAAUGUUCCUCUUUCUCCAUGGGUGGCACCAUCAUGACAUGGGCCCUGGAGGGAGGAAAAAUGUCAUCAAACUAAGACUCGCUUUGAUUCCAAGGUCGAAUGUUCAACUGGCAAUAGGCAUUAGCUUCUGACAACCUGGGAAGAAGGGUCUCGGAGGCUGCAGCACAGUCCUGUGUGCCUUGGUGUGCUCAGAGACUGAAUGGGAUUUUCUCAGGAGAUAAUAUUGAAUUAUGACUAAUGGAUGGUGGGUGGCAAAGAGUUCAUUGGCCCUUGUAAGCUUUUUAGGCCUUAGUGCCAUUGUUGAAUUCUAAGAACUUCAUUUGCAUUGGGCAUCAGUAAAUGGAUGCUCCUGUGAAAGGGGAGAGUGCUAGAACUGUAAAAGGAGCCAGUCUGCAGUGAGUGCCAAUGCUGGCAUUCAUCUCUAGCAGAAGGUUUGAGCAGAUUCCUUGCUGCUCCAGCUGUAGUUUCCUGGUGCUUUGCUGCUGAGCUGUUAGCCAGCAUUGAACCAAAGUGUGACUGAUGUUGGCAUUCCUAUUCAACCAUAAAACUUCAAUGAAGGAAUAAAACUUACUUUGAAAGCA